AUCCCAGCAGCAAACGGCAAAGGGGCAAACCACUCCACUACGUACAUUUGCCCGUAAUAAUAAGUCGCACCGAUCUACCUACAUCAUCCUCCCCAUCAACUUGUAUCAGCCCUAGCCAUGUUGCUCCAGCCAGCGGCCAAUGCUUCACUCACAAGCCAUAAGAUCAAGAACCAAAGAAUACAAUGCGACCGUUGCCAAUGCAGUCAUGCGAUGCCAUUUACACAGUGAUCGCUUCGCUUUGCCCUUCGCCAUCAUGCUCGGUUUUGCUUCCCCAACAAAAAUGUCCCCGUGUCGUCCCAACUGUCUUACUCUGCUCCUGGUAUUCCCAGCCAGCAUGACAACUGGCCCGAGCCGCGAAGCUCUCGUCCUGCUGAUGCUCGCCACGGCCGUCGUCGUCACGCUCGCGCCGCCAUUGUUGCUAUGCGACGCGCUGCAGCUGCAGGACGCCGCCCUGAUCGACGACGUGGUCAUGGAGGCCGCAGAGGAGUGGUACAACGACAAGCGGAAUUCGCACAGGAUCAGGACGGGCGCCACGUACCCGCUCUCGCUCCCGGGGAGCCUCGCUCCCAUCGAGGCCGGCGUGUCGAGGCUCCGGGCAGGCAGCCUCGCGAGGCACGGCUUCCGCGGGUUCGGCGAGUUCUCCGUGCCCCCGGGAGUCCUCGUCGUCACGCGCCGCGGUGACCGCGCCCCGGACGCGCACCACGUCCUCGCCGUGCGCGUCAACCUGCGGAACCUCUCGGCCGUCUACGAGGACUACGCGGCGAGCAGCGGCGGGUACCGCAUCGCCUCGCCCGUGCUCGGGCUCAUGUUCUACGGCAUAGACGCCGCGUCCGCGGCGUCCCUCGAGGUGCUCGCCACGGCUGAAACGGCCAUCCUGGUCAACUUCUCCAUGGCGGUGCCGGCGCUCCAGCCAGGGGUCGUGCCGCUGUGCAUGGCCGUGGCGCGGAACGGGAGCGUCGCCGUGACGGGCGUGCGCGUGCAGGGCGGGAGCAACGUCUGCCACGUGCUGGACCAGGGCCACGUGGCGCUCGUCCUGGGCGGGGUCGGCGACGGCGACGGGGCGGCGGAUCAGGAGGCCGUCGGGGAAGCGAGCAAGUGGAAGCUGGCGCUGUUCGGCGCGGCGCUGGGCGCGGGCGGCACGGUGCUGCUGGGGCUCGUGCUCGUGGCGAUGCUCAGCGUGCGGCGGCGCAAGUCGGAGAUGGCGGAGAUGGAGCGGCGGGCCUACGAGGAGGAGGCGCUGCGCGUGUCCAUGGUCGGCCUCGUCCGCGCGCCGUCGGCGUCUGGGUCGCGCACCACGCCGGACGAGCUGGAGGGCGAGUACCGUGCCACGUUGUGACGACGCACAAGUCCAGAUUGGAACAAAGGAUUAGUUAAAUUCGAUUAUUUUUUCUAUUGAUAUUCUUUGUAUCUGUUAUAAAUACUGCCGUCUCGAAAUAAUGGAGGUAAUUAAGAUUAACAGUGAAGCAGUGCUUCCUUUGUUUUUUCACAAACUUGAUGUAUUUGGUUUCGUUAAGGCAAGACUAUGACCAAUAAUUAUUUCAGUA